AUGCUGCGCCGCCUGCUGUUCGGCGCCGACGAGCCCUUCGAGCCCACCAGCACCGUCGUGCUGUUUGUGCGGGCGCCGCUCAAGUGCCUCGUCUACCUGGCCUACCACUUCCUCAAUGCCCUGCGCUCCGACCCGGCGCCCGCGAAGCCCGCCGUCCGUGUCGUCUGCAUUUCCGACACGCACACCCAGACGCAGUCCAUCCCCGAUGGCGACAUCCUCAUCCAUGCCGGCGACCUGGGCAACGCCGGCACCGUCUCGGAGCUGCAGGCCCAGAUCGACUGGCUGGCCUCGCUCCCGCAUCCGCACAAGGUAGUCGUUGCCGGCAAUCACGACACCUACCUGGACCCGCGCUCGCGCCGCACCCUGCCCGAGCCCGACCGCAACCGCGAGCUGCUGUGGAAGGGCGUCCACUACCUGCAGCACGCCUCGUUGCUCGUGAAGAUCCCCAAUCCCCAGCGCGACCCCCGGAGCCGCCGUCCGCCCCCGCCCCGCACCCUCAAGAUCUACGGCGCCCCCCAGAUCCCCGAGUGCGGCGGCCCCGAGUUUGCUUUCCAGUAUCCGCGUGGCCGUGAUGCCUGGUCUGGCACCAUUCCGUGGGACGUGGACAUUUUGGUGACGCACACGCCGCCAAAAUACCACCGUGACUUGCCGCUGCCCGACGGCAUGGGGUGUGAGCAUCUGACGAGGGCCGCCUGGCGUCUCCGCCACACUCUCCACGUCUUCGGCCAUGUCCAUGUCGGUGCCGGAAAGGAGGUCAACUGGUGGGACGACGGCCAGAAAGCAUACGAGCGCGCUCUGGCAAGGCCGGUGGCGGGCCUGACCCGAGGCCUCCUGAGCAUCCCGGCCUGGAUUGACCUGGCCUUGGUGCUGUUCUGGGGAACGAGGGGCGUCGUCUGGGACAGGAUUUGGGGCGGCGAAGAGAGGGGCACUGUGUUGGUGAACGCGGGUUUGAUGAGAGGGAACUCUGGCCGUCUUGGAAACAGAGUCCAGGUGGUUGAUAUUUAG